GACUCACAGUGUCUACGACAUUGCUCAAACUCAUUUCACGUAGCACUACGCCACUCUCGUCUCAGGCUCACGUAGUUUUACGUCGUCGCUCGCGGCGAGAACUCAUUUCACGUAGCACUACGCCACUCGCGGCCAAAACUCAUUACUGCGCGGGCGAUGGGCUGCAGUGUCCGGCAAUAAAAGGUCGCCGCCUGCCUGUAAUGGUGUCGGUGGUGAGGAAGGAAACUCGUUAUUCCGACAGCGUGAAGCCGGCCCUGUGAGACGAUGAACCCCACAACACCGGAAAUAGACCCGCAGCAGCAGGAGAGCCCGUGGAACGUGAGUGACGUGAUGGCUAUCAUCCAGCACCACGCGCCCUUCGCCAUCGCCGUCAACAAGUACGUCACGCCCCUGUGGUACGUGGUCGGGUUGGUGGGCAACGUCAUUUCCGCCCUCAUCUGGUCCAACCAGCGCCUGCGCACGUGCAACACGGCGGCUUUCUACCUGACGUCACUGGCGCUGGCCGACUUCUCCUACCUGGCUCUCCACAUGUUCUACGAGCUGGAGAACCCGUGGUUCGUGCACACCCUCAACGUGCCCGUGUGGUGCGAGGUGUGGAACACGCUGUACAUGGCCGCCCAGUACUUCUGCGUCGUCCUCGUCUGCGCCUUCACCGUCGAGCGCUUCCUGUCUGUGUGCCACCCCUUCAGAGCUGGAAGUGUUGCUGGAGGGCCACUGCUUGGUCGGAGCGGUUUCGGCCGUACACGCUCGCCCUCCAUCAUCCUGGCGCUUCUGUCGCUGUCGCUGGCUCUGGCGUCGCCGCAGGCUUACUUCUGGGAGGUCGGCAGGUCGGAUGAGUGUCACGUGCGGCAAAGCGAGCUGCAGCAGCAGUCGUUCUACUCCAUCUGGAGCUGGUGCACGGACAUGCUGGUGUUCGGCGCGCUGCCGCUGCUGGUGCUGCUGCUCAACGUCGGCGUACUGCGCCGCAUCCGUCACGUGGGCCGCCUGCGUUUCCAGGACUGCAGCACGCACAGCGCCGCGCCCACCGCGCACCCCUGCCGCCAGCAGCACGCCGCCCGCCGCACCUCCUCCCGCCGCGACACGCACCACGCUGCCACCAGCCUCAUCGACACCAGCUCCAGCAGCAGCAGCAGCAGCCACCACAACUUCACGGCCACCACUGUGACGUUGCUGUGGGUGUCCUUCUACCUCAUCUUCACUACUCUACCCGUCACCAUCGUCUUCGCCAUCCAGACCGUCAUACCCCUAGGCUCCCCCAUGCCAGUGGAGGAGAUGGGGGCCGACCCUACCUGGCGGAACUACCUGACCUACUACACAGCCCGCGUCGUUAUCAAGGAGAUCGGCAUGUCCCACCACGUGGGCAACGUCUUCAUUUACCUGGCCACCAGCCGCAGGUUCCGCCGUCAGGUGCGCAAGAGGAUGCACGGCGGCGGGGCCGCGCCAUACGCCCCGAAACACUGGGACCUGUCCUCCACCAACGGCGCCAUCAGCCUCAACACUGUCAGGACCGAGCAGCUUCACGUGACUGAGCAUGCGCACACAUCCUCCGCGUGACUAACGUCACUUCCUGCUGCUUUUCGCCAGGUGACAAAGCAACCCCUAACUCAAUGUGCCACUGGUGACCACCGACUCUCUCCUCCAUCAGAUGGUGGAUUAAGGGUUGUCUUACCUUUUGCUGAUGAUCAACAGCCGCAGAACAGCCAAUGCUGAGCAGCAUGAUGAUAAGUGUUUUAUGUGGGAUUCGAACCCAAACCUGAAAACCGUAGAUGUUUGUCAGGAUAGGCGGAGAAAGAGAGAGGGUGACUGAGCCCUACUGAAAUAUAUAACAUGAUGUUUUGAUGUGGGGCAUGGGAAACUACAAGCCCCCAGGUGUAGACUACAAGGUUACCUGUGUGGCAGUGGUGGAGAUUUUACAGGUUAUUGUAAUGUUAGACGAGACUUGUUCUCCCCAAGUUCACACAAAUAACGAUGGACAUACGCCUUAACUGCUUAACUUUACUGGCAGCAACUUCUACCAAGAUUCUUGGUUUAAGCGAAUGUAGUACAACUGCCGAUGUGUCAACAAUCAGGUUUUAUGCUUGUUUUGUGAAAACCAUUUCAAAAGACUUGUAGAAUGUGUUGUCUGCACAUUGAUGCCAUGUCAUUUGUUUCAGUGAUGUCUAUUCCGACAAAGUGUGAGUUGCUCAAUUAGUGACAAUCUCCAGAACACGUGGUACGUUGUAUGUUGCACGUGGGCCAG